AUGAAUCUGAAUAGACUUCGACAUGCAGCGAUUUGUCUCCUUCGAAACAGUCGUCUUUACAAACAUUACGCUAUCUUCCAUACGGACAAGCUUUACAUUCCCUUGUCUAUAAAGCGACUCCUUUGUACAGAAACAACUACGGAUCCGCAACAUACAAAACGCAUUCCCAAUUUGUGCCGUGCAAACGUACAGACUUCGAACGACAAAUGCCACACGCCUGCAAACGACGAUGUUCUAAGAGUCAUGUUUGACGAUCAAAGGGCUUGGGAAAAGUUUUCAAGACACAAGUCCUUUUUUGACUCGCGAACUUCUUCUGGACUAUUUCGGAAUCAGGAUCUUGUAACUCCUACUGGUUUCGAAGUAGCCGCUCAGAAGGCAUUGCGCAGAGCGGAGCUGCUCGUCCAGAGAAUAACUACUGCCGAAACUAAAGACGAGUUGAGAAAGGUCGUAAAGAAUCUAGAUCGUGCUAGUGAUAUACUUUGUUCUGUCAUCGAUCUUGCUGAAUUCGUAAGAACAGCGCACCCAGAUCAGAGCUAUGUCAGAGCCGCCACUUGGGCUUAUGAGUACCUAUACUCGUACAUGAACACUCUCAAUACCAACACUGAUUUAUACAAGGCUCUUAAACGCGUUCUCUCAACGCCCUCAAUAGCACAUGAUUUUUCACCACAAGAACUCCAAGUCGCUACUAUUUUUCUUCGCGAUUUUGAGAAAUCAGGCAUUCAUUUGCCAGAGAACGAUCGACAACGGUUUGUUAAAUUAUCUGAUAAAAUAAUAGCGCUCGGUCGACAGUUUACACAGACACCUCCUGUUAGAGCUGUUAAGCAGAUUGAAGUGUCACCUGCAUCUAGCUUGGAAGGAUUGAAUCCUGGGUAUGUAAAGGACGUUACUAGAGAGGGUGAACAAGUGGCCGUUAUAUCGACUAAUCAAUGGGAGGCGCAGAUGGUGAUGAAGUAUUGUAGGAAUGAAGAGGUGAGGAAACAGAUGUACUUGGCCGUCAACUCGGCGAAACGAGAACAGGUUGAAGUAUUGGAGGAUCUCUUGAGAACUAGAGCGGAAUUAGCAAAUUUAGUCGGGAUGGAUAGUUAUGGUCAUAUGUUUCUCGUGGACAAGAUGGCAAGGGCUCCAGAACACGUACAAACAUUUCUUCACACGCUCGCUGAUCAACACAAACCGAAAGCUCUUGCAGAUCUGAAACUUCUCCAGGAAGCCAAACGAAGGCAUAUCGGAAGCAACGACUCCACCCUACCAACUGUCAAUGCAUGGGAUCGUGAUUUUUAUAUUGAUUCCGUCGUCUCCAUCUCAUCCAACCAACGAUCGACACCGAUAUCCCCCUAUUUCUCUGUUGGUUCUGUGAUUCAGGGUCUCUCCCGACUGUUUUCGCACUUGUUUGGAAUUUCUUUUCAGCCGGCAGAAAUUUUACCUGGCGAAGUGUGGCAUGAGGACGUUCGCAAGCUUGAUGUCAUUGAUGAAAAAGAGGGCAAAAUUGGUGUUAUCUAUUGUGACCUGUUUAGUCGACAGGGCAAAAUUCCCAAUGCGGCCCACUAUACGGUGCGUUGCUCACGGCGUGUUGACGACGACGAUGUUGAGGGGGACAUACCUUCCGGAGCCGAUCGUAACGAAGUUGGCGAGUUGGCGGAAGGGGAUAAAGGUGUCAUUAUUCACGGAAAGCCCGGAAAGUACCAAAUACCAAUAAUAGCUUUAAUGUGCGAUUUCUCAAGGACGGGUAAUAAAGAUGGGCCGGCAUUACUUAACUUGAUUGAAGUAGAGACAUUGUUUCAUGAGAUGGGUCAUGCGAUGCAUUCAAUGAUUGGAAGGACAGAUUUUCACAGUGUUUCAGGUACUCGAUGCUCCACUGAUUUUGUUGAAAUACCUUCGAUUCUUAUGGAACAUUUUGUGUAUUCGCCCGAGGUGCUCAAACUGUUUGCUAAACACUACGAAACGCGUGAAGACCUUCCUAUUGACCUAAUUCAGUCUCACGCAACGGCCAGAUCUACUUUUUCCGCUAUAGAAACACAAUCUCAAAUUCUUAUGGCUCUUCUCGAUCAAAUCUAUCAUUCGCCUCUCCUUGCUUCCACGUCUUUUGAUACUACAACUACUUUAGCUAAACUGCAAGAUACAAUCGGACCGUUUCCUUCGACGCAAGGGACAGCAUGGCAAAUACAGUUUGGACAUUUAUUUGGCUAUGGUGCCGGAUAUUAUAGCUACCUGUUUGGAAGGGUGCUUGCCGGUAAAAUAUGGAAAGUAUUAUUUCAGGAUAAUCCUUUGAGUAGAGAAGCAGGGAUGAAAUUCAAGGAGGAAAUAUUGAAAUGGGGCGGAAGUAGAGACCCAUGGGUAUGCGUGGGUGAAGCAUUGGGAGAUGAGAGAUUAAUGGCUGGCGACACACAGUCUAUGGUUGUAGUUGGUGAAUGGGUUGACUCCUUGUAA